AAGCCAAUGCACAUAUUUUUGUUCAAGACUAUUACGAAAUGCUAGAGGAUUGUAUGCCACGAGCCCUAAAAAUAAUUGAUGGAAUUAGCAGAGUUAAAUUUCUUACUUUGUGUGUUGCUACUCUUGAGUUUUUCAGAGAAGAAGAUUAUCUAGAAGCUCGUCUACCUAGCUUUCACAACUUGACUCAUUUGAAGGUGGAACGUCAGACGUUGAUUUGUGAUAAAAGUUUAGUGUUGACAUAUUUUCUUCAUAAAUCACCUAAUCUGGAAUCUCUAGAUGCACCAAAGAUAUGCUUCAGCAAUAACAAUUUAGGGUUAUCGAAUUUAAAUUCUUUGGAGAGAAAAUUGUGCAGAAUGGGCGCUCUAAAUCCACCAUCUAUUUCCAAAACCCAGAAAGUUUUCAUUGGAGAAGAUCUAAUCAGCAAAUUACCUGACCAUAUCCUCCUUUAUGUUCUUUCUUUUCUGCCAAUCAAAGAUGUUUUAACAACUUCUGUGUUGUCAACGAGAUGGAGAUACCUUUGGACCUCUAUUUCUAACAUUGAUUUUGAUCAGUAUAGUGCUGGGUACAUGUCGGGGAUGAAGGAAAACAUUGAGACUAGCUUCUUGGAUUCCAUGGAACGAGUACUGAAGGAUCAUGAUCCCACAUGUAUACGAAAAUUUAGUUUGGUGGCAAGGUGUAUGGGUAUCAGUUCAUCUCGUAUUAAUUCUUGGGUAUCUUUAGCAUUAAGUCGUGAGGUUCAAGAGCUCCAACUCGAUAUAUCUUUUGAAACACCCUUUGUGUGGCCCAAUAGUCUUUUCACUGCUGAAUCACUUAGAAUACUGAAAUUGCGGAUAUAUUCAAUUUUCAAUGUUCCUAGUUUCGUACACUUUUCCAACCUUAAGACCUUACACCUUAGAGAACUAGCAUUUCCGGGUGAUGAAUCCACCAAUCAAUUUUUCGCUGGUUGUCCAGUUUUACAAGAGCUGGUUUUAUUGAACUGUGCAUGGAAGCAUACUAAGAGAGUCACCAUUUCAAUUCCCACUCUAAGGGAAUUUAAAUUUUUGGAAGAUAGCUAUUACUCGGACUAUGAUCUUGUCCUUGAUUGUGUGGUCAUGAUUUAUGCUGAAAAUCUUGUUUCACUUGAUGUCAAGGGUUAUUUGACUGUGGAAGUCUCUUUGUGUAACUUAGCUUCACUAGUCAAUGCGCGUAUUAAUGUGUUAGACUGUGGCAUGGAGAAAGACAAUAGUAAUCAACGAGCUUUCAAAUUAAUAAAUGGAAUUCGCAAUGUAAAAUCUCUUGCUUUGUCGGGUGUUACCAUUGAGUUUUUGGCUGAUAGAAAUGAUCUAAAACUUCAAGCUGGUCUGCCUGUUUUUCACAACUUGACUCAUUUGAAGAUGAAUGCAGAGUUCUUGUGUGAAGAUGGAAGUUAUAUGUUUAAAUAUUUUCUUCAAAAAUCACCUAAUGUAGAAUUUCUUGAUGUUUGGCAGGAAUUUUACUUUGCUGUGAAUGACUGGGUAAUGCAUGUUGCACCAUUGUAUUUGAAACGUUUCCUCAAAACUGCCAGUAUUAAAUGUUGGGUGGACGGAGACUUGAAAAAUUUAAGAUAUUUAUUUGAGAAUGCGGACUCAAUGGAGAGGGUUACAAUCUUUUGUCCUAAUGAGUUGGAGGAAUAUUUGAAGAUGAAGAAGGAGAUCAACUAUCAAUUACAAGUAAUUGGCAAAGGAACAAGGAAUGUUGAAAUUGAGUUUCGUGAGGGGUGGGAUGGUAAUUCAGAAGUUGUUAGUAUUAUAAUUUGAUUAUAAUAUGAUCAGGGAUUUAAUAUUUUGUUAUGUUUAAGGCAAUUGAUAGACUACAUUUGGUGUAUCUUAGUUGCAUGGUUC